GCUUUGCGAUUGAUACAUCGAGUUGGCUACGUCCAUCGUUGUGUAUCACCCUAUAACUUUGCAAUUCGUCUCGAACCAUUUUCGAAAAUGACUUUGCAAAAUAAUCUCAGCGAACAAAUAUGUAUUACUGAUUUGGCAUUUGCAAAGAAAUACAAAAAUGUGCAAAGAGCACCUCGAAGAGUGGUACCUUUUGUUGGUACCUACAAAUACUGGUUGAAUCCGAUCUCCUCAUUAUCAGCUCACCAGCACAUGGAACAAUUCCCAAAAGAUGAUCUAAUAUCAUGCCUUUACAUGUUUUAUGAGUUUUUAAACGGCUCAUUACCCUGGAAAGGCCUGAAAAACGUUAAGGCAAUUCAUAUUAAAUACUUACUGAUUUUUAGCAGUCUUACUUUCAAAAAUGUGCAUAAAUAUCUCCAUCUUUCUAUUCUGGAAAAUAAAAAGUCAAACAUCACUGCGUGCUUAUCGCAAAUAAAGAAACUGAAGCGCGAUUUCCAGUUGAGACCACCAAUUCUCUCACAGAAUACAUACUUGAGCAGAAUGGCAUUUGACCUCAGCGAACUUUCAGGAAUGUUUACAAUGCUCGAAGAAACGAAGCCUUAG